AUGACGGCAUCCGAGCAGGCUGCGCGGCGGCUGCUGCUGCUCGUGCUGGUGGUCGGCGCUGGCGCCCGCGCCCAGCACCAGCUGGAAGAUCUGGUCGGCGAGCUGGCACGCAUCACCAGCGCGCUCCAGCAAACCACGUGCCCGGCGGACUACCUGACUCUCGUCCACAAGCUCGGCAUGCAGAAGACCCCGGCGGGCACCUACUACACACCCGUCUUCACCUCCGACAAGCCGUCGACCGAGCCGGGCGUGGCGGCCACCAACACGAUCCUGGAGCUGCAGCCGGCCGGCACGCGGAUCCCCUGGCUGAACAUUAACUCGGACAGCCAGCCGUUCGUGUGGCACCACCGCGGCGCGGCGGUGGCCUUCCACACUCUGAGCGCGUCGGGCCGCUACCAGCGCAUGGUGCUGGGUGACCCACUGCGGCACCGUGGCGCCAAGUAUCAGCUGGCGCUGCCCACCGGCGGCUGGCUCGCCACCGAGGUGCUCUCCGACUCCGAGUACGUCCUCCUCAGCGGCUCGGCGGUGCCAGCGCUCGAUCGACUCCAGUACACGCUGGCCGAGCCGGCGCGCCUGCUGCAGCUGUUCCCGCAGCACAAAGACGUGAUCCGGGCGGCGUACGGGCAGACGUGAACGAGGGGCGUCGAGGGCGCUGGUGGCUGAGCGGAUGGGGUUGGUGGCGCUGGUGACUGAGCGGGGUGUCAAGGGCGCUGGCGGCUGAGCCGGUUAAGCCGAGGGCGCUGGCGACUGAGCGGA